AUGUACACCGACGCCUUGCCGGGCGGCGCAGACGACGUCGACGGUCAGGUUGAUGAGGACGCGAUGGCAGUGACAUCACAUCUGCUGGUGGCCGCGGAUCGCUACGGCGUAGAGAGGCUCAAGGCCCCGUGCGAAGCCGCCGGCAGCCUGGUGAAGAUGCUGCUGUUCGCGGAAGAGCAGCACUGCGACAUGCUCAAAGAUGAUUGCAUCGAGUUCAUGGCUUCUUUAUUAGAAGGGAUUGUGAAAGUGGUGGCAAACAAAGAGUACGCGCAGCUGUGGAGUACCCACCCUUCGCCAGCGCGCACGCCGCAUGCCAUGAUCGGGGACAGGUUCAGCUGGCCGGACGAGUUCCUCGUGUCGCUCGAGGAGGACCUCAAGCUCGUCUCCGUGUUCAGCCUCGGUGACCUGUUCCAUCGUCGCCGCUCGUGA